AUGGUGGAUGAGCGACCGGCGAGCGAAUCGCUCACGACGAUCGCGCCGCUGCAGCUGCGGUUCGAGGACAUCUCGGUGCACUCUCCGGGGGUGUUCGCGAAGUCUGAGGCGAUGCAGACGCUGCGGGAUGCGCCGAGUGGGGUUGGAUUCCGCGCGGCGCUGAAGGAGUUGAAUCAGACGGAGGAGUCAUUCGCGAAGAUUUUGUCGCAGGCGCGAGAGAAGGCGCUCGGGAAUAGCGAUGGGGAUCUGGAGCUGAUAAAGGCGCACAUCAAGCGCCUGAAGUUUGGGACGAUCGAGCUGUCGACGGAGCAGGCGUUUUUGAAGGCGGUGUUGGAGUCUCGUCAGUUGCCGAAGGAUGCGCCGACGGAGAGCGAAGGGUUCAAGGCUUUGCAGCAGCGUUUGAAAAGUUUGACGAGCGAGAACGAACGAAGAGUUGAGGAAAUGGAGCGCCAGAUCGCGGCGCUUGGGGAUGAGUACGAGACGUUUCGCGUCGAGCACAGAGCGCUCACGGAGGUUGUCGAGGAGCUGGAGACGUUGGAGGCGGAGGCGGCGACGGCGGCGUGGGAGGCGCAGGCAGGCGACGCUUCCGUGACAGCGGCGGACCGAGAGAAGUCCAAGGACGAGUUACAACGCGAGCUCGAAUCGCUGGACGUGGAACUUCGCGAGGUGAACGUGCGUUUGAGUGAGAAUCAAAUGGCGGCGAGCAAGCUGAAGGAGCAACUCGCGCCAGACGAGAGCGCCAUUGAGCAAAUCAACGCCCAGGCUAAGUAUUUGAUCGGCAUUUCAAAGGCGGCCGCGAGAGAGGCGCAGAUGUCUGCCCAAAUCGCCGAGGCACAGGAGGCAGUGCGAGAGCAAACGAAGUUGUUGGUGACGCUGCAGGGUGUGGAAAUUUUGGCCAUCGAGGAGAACGCUCUCGUGCUCAAGAUUCACACUCAUUUGCCGUCGACUCCGGAGUUCGCUAUGGAGGGCUCAACCCCGCGUGGACCGAGCUCGACCACGCACACGGUUACUUUACACUUGGUGAAGGAUAGCGCACGUCUCGCCGGGGCCACGCUCGAGCCUUCGGACACGCCGAUCCUGGACAUUAUUGAAGAGGCCGCGGGCAUGCCUGUUCUCGCGCGAGCGCUCGCGGAAAUCCGCUUACGAAUCGCGGCGACGGCUCAGCGCGCCGAGGCGCUCGCCGCUGCGGCGGCGCGCACUGCGCUCAGAUGGAGUUCCGGUGAGUCGCUCGUCCGAGCCGCGCUUCCGAACGGCGCUGUCGCUGUCUUGGACGUUCCCUUUGAGUGGCCCACGCGCGGAGCUAACAUUUCGCUCAUCAACGUCGAGAUGGUCCCUCCGCAAGCGGCACAGCUCGCGGUGACUCGUCUCAUGACGACGAACUUGAACUAUGUAGGCGAGGCAUUGGAAGCCGUCACCGAGGCGUUAAAGAAUCAGUCGUGA